GCUAGCUUCCAAACUGCCUAAAACUUCUCUACCGUAGGCUUCAUGAAAGAGUUUGGUUUUAGGCCUAAACUCCAAUACUAAACGAAAAAUACCUUGAUGCCACACCCUUAUCCAUGACUCGGUUCAAGCCCCGAAGGAUAAACAUUGCAUGUCGGUUCACAUUUCUCCCACAACGUAUAAACACGAUAUUCUUAGCGCUGGAACUCGUUGUCUUUGCAUUUCUUUUAACAGAGGUUUUAGGACUACUUCAAAUGCCAUUACUCCACGUCCCAGCUGGCCAACCUAUGGUGACAUCCCAGUGUCGACCACAGCUCCUGUCAGCGAGACAGACUAUAACGCCAUGAACUUCAACCUGUGGAAGAAACUAGGCCACGAGUUAAUGAUCAAAUCUAACAUCAACCACUGGAUCGCUUGCAAAGAAGGAACCGGAAGUCUGCUGGAAUUCAGGCCAGGAACUCUACAGUGUCAAGUCAUCAAGAAUGUCGCAUCCAAGUGUCAUGGCUAUGUUCCCGACGAGCUUAUUUUCAACACCGCUGGCAACCCAGGUGGUAUGUCCGUGGGCCCUGAUCUGAUUCGUUCCCAGAGCACCACGCGACUGAAGGAAUAUUAUUACUUUGAUGGGAACACUCGCACUAACUGGCCUACCCAUGAUCCUUGCGGCACUAACGCCUUAAAUCACCUCACCAAUAAUGUCGCUAAUCCUCAUGGCAAUAUCUACAUCCGGGAAUGAUGGGCGUAGUCACGGCAACGAUGAAUUCUUAGUGGUUCUUCAUUUAUUAAUGUGAUUUAAAGGGUGAAACAGCGUUUACGAGCUAGGGGACAUAAUGAAAAUGCGAAUAAAGACAUUUGUCUUGGCAACUUACUCUUGUGUUAUAUAUUCUCUUCUAUAUUGGCAAUCGAUAAGAAACAGGGUUAAUUUUCAGCUCGAUUCAAAGUUUUAGAGUUGUAAUUAAGAUAUGCAUAAGAGCCAUAUCAAGUACUACGACCUCACGGUAACACAAAGUUCUUCUCACUGCGGCGAACAAGACUAGCGCUUGUUUGAAACUCGACAAAAUUUUGAUUUAG